AAGCACAUCCCUUGCUCCGGGAUCUAUGCAAGCCGCCGAUGAGGCCAACAAGAUAAGACCUCGCGUAGGCUCAGACAUGGAAAAGGGAGCAUUCUUCAAUGAAAUUGUCAUGUCGACAUUCGUGCGAUUUACAAAUGUCCGUAUCACCAUUCUGUAUUCUGUUCAUAGCAAUACCAGUUCUUCGCUUGCGGGAACAGGAUGCUGCACCCAAUUCUGGAUAUUAGUAGUCUUAAUGUUGUCCUCUCGUUAUCAGGAAUAUACGUCUUGAUCUUUGGGUUUAUCGCUGUGAAAGUCAAGCAGAGAUGGUAUCUUGGUGAAGCUUUACCAUCAUUCAUAGUCGGGGCGGUCAUAGGACCCUUCGGUGCGAAGUUGAUCAAUGUCAGUCAGUGGGGAGGAGAUACCGACAGCGAUAGUGGUGACAUUGCCUAUGGAUUGACUCGACUGGUGAUUGGCAUCGCUAUGGUCAAAGUCGGCUAUGAGCUACCGAAACGAUAUAUUCGGCUUCAUCUGGUCGAACUCACCAUUUGCCUGCUGCCAUUGAUGACGAUCCAGUGGCUGAUGACGUCGGCAUGUAUCAAAUUAAUGAUCCCCAAUCUAUCGUUUUUGACUUCUCUCAUCAUCGGGUCAUGUGUCAUAUGUAUCGACCCGGUCCUCUCACAGGCUAUCGCCAAGGGCCCCUUCGCAGAUCAAUAUGUUCGACGACAUCUUCGAGAAUUUAUUUCAGCCGAGGCAGGUGGGAAUGACGGGUUCGGGUUUCCAUUUUUGCUUCUGUCCAUUGCCCUUGUUCGUUAUGCCGACACCCCAGAUAUGGAGACAGUAAAAGGUGGUCUUGGGAAACAGAGUCGAGAUUGGAUUGGUGAGCCAGAUACGGGUCGAUUUGGUGGAGACGUCGGUCGAGCUUUGGCACAUUGGGCUGUUGAGGGAGUGCUGUACAUGCUGGUCAUGGGUGCUGGGUAUGGUGCGCUGGUCGGGUUCUUGAGCCGAAAAGCCCUGAACUUAGCCUCAAAAAGGCGUUGGAUUGACAAGGAGAGCUUCUUCUCAUAUCCUGUUGCGAUGGGUUUAUUUAUCGUCGGUACAUGCGGUUGCUUUGGCUCUGACGAAACCCUCGCCUGCUUUGUUGCGGGCUGUGCAUUGAACUGGGAUGGGUCUUACCACUUCGAAGUCGAAGAGAGACAUGACUCCUUCAAUUCCACAAUCGAAAACAUCUUGAACAUUGGAACGUUCAUGUUCCUCGGUGCUACCAUGCCAUGGGACCAACUCCACAUGUCUAGUCAGAAUGGAAUCACUAUCGCUCGACUGGUCGGGCUCGGGUUUUUGAUUUUGAUAUUCCGCCGGAUCCCGGCGAUCAUGAUGGGGUAUCGAUUCAUGCCUAAGGUCUGCGAAAAUUGGAAAGAGGCCUUGUUCAUGGGAUACUUUGCCCCAAUUGGACUUGGCGCUAUUUCGUAUGUCGGGUAUGCGCGACGAUUGUUACCGGAUCCUGGAGAGAGUGAUAAAGAGAUCAACAACUUGACUGCAACUAUGAUCCCAGUCGUAUAUUGGCUUGUCUUCUUCUCUAUUGUCAUCCACGGGCUGUCUAUACCAGUCCUGAAUUGCCUCUACCAGUGGUUUAAAGUCCCUACUAUUCAAGACCGCCCGGUAGAAAUUAUUCUUCUGUCUGAAAAUGAGCCUGUUCCUAAUAACAGCGUGGUGGACCGCCGUGGCCACUCUGUCAUAUUAAACAACCGGUUUUCCUGUGCCUCGAAGCAGCGCCCUUAUUCUGAUCAGGGUUAUCAGCACCGCGAGGGAACAGACACGAUGAUGCUACGCAGUGGGGAAACUAGCUAUAGGUGCUCGCUGGAAAGGGCAUCGACGAAAGGUUCGUCGCGAGAACUGGAGCAGAGUGUAUCUGCCAGAAAUGUAGUCUGAUGAUAACGGGGUUUGUAUA